GUCCUGCCGCUCCUUCUUCGUCUCCUGCCGAGGGAGCGGCCGGCGGGACGAGCCCGGUGCUGCGGGCCGGAGGAUGCAGAGAGGCAGAUCUGCCGGCAGAGCCGCCGCCGCAUCUUCGCGCCGUUCCCGAGGGGCGGCUGCCGCCUGGUCCCGGCGGCCGCUUGCGGGCCCGCGCGGCUGAGGCGGGCUGGGCGGGCGGAGGUGGGCCUGCUGAGGAUGAGUGCGGGCUGCGGGCGGGAUCCCCCUCGGAAGAGAGCCCGACCGAGCACCGACAGCCCCGGCGGCGGCUCCCAGGGAGAGCAGUCGCCGCCGCCGCUCGGUCCCCGCCAAGAGGGGCCUGGGGGCAACAACUCCAGCGGCGGCAACAGCCCCGCCACCGCCGUGGGAAACAAAGUUUGUAGACAACGAACAAUUACCAGUUGGCUGGAGAAUAAAGGGCACAAGACAACAGAGUCCAAAAGCUUACACAGCAAAAUUAACAACAAUACUGAAGCAAAUCUCAAGAUGACCUCCAUUAAAAAAGAGACCUGUUGUGAGCACGAUGUGAAAAAGCUAGAGAAUAUUUGUCAGCAAAAUUAUUCAGAAAUACCUGUGGAAGUUGGUGCAAAGUAUGUUAAUUUGCCUCAGACAGGCAGCAUGCAUAAUUCGGAGGCUGACGACAAAGAUCAGGUCUUAGAGACAGAGCCUGCAGAGGGGGUGCAGUCUGGAGACGUCUUUAAAAAUGCUAAUAUUGAUCAGAUGCACAAAACUGGCAAGCAGGCUCAGAGAGGCUGUGGAGAAAACAAUGAUAUUUGGACUCAGAGGAAAUUAUCAUCAGGACAGUCUUUGAAAAUGGGAAAUACAAAACUUUCUUCAAAAGACACCAAGACAGAUGGACAGGCAGCUUCAUGCAAUUCACAGAAGCUGAAGAGUUGCAGUUCUGUCUGUUUAAUGGGUGAAAAGGAGGAAGGGGAUGUAGUUCCAGAAAGUCCACUUUCAGACACUGGUUGUGAUGCUUGUAUAUCAGAUCUUGGAGAUCGUGGGAAACUGAGCAAAUGCCAGAGCAGUUCAGGGGAUUCACCUGCUUUUGAGAAAGAAAGUGAACCAGAGUCACCAAUGGAUGUAGAUAAUUCUAAGAACAGCUGUCAUGGGUCGGAGGCUGAUGAAGAAACAAGUCCAUUUCUUGAUGAGCGAGAUGAGAUCAGUAUGUCAAAAUCCAUAAACAAAUCUUUCAGAAUUCAGUAUGGGGAUGCUGAACUGGAGUCCAGAAAGCCACGAUUUUCCUCUAAAGGCUGUGAAAGCUGUGAUGAAGUAGAUAAUUCUGUUAAAGAGGAUGGUCUGCAUGCAAAGCCACCUGGGAUCUCUCCUGCUCCAUUAUUAGAAUGCAAAGGUGCAAAACAGAGUGUGAAGAGAGACUCUAAAAUCACCUCUCACUUCAUGAGGAUACCGAAAGUUGAGGACAAAAGAAAAGAAAAAUGUGAAUACAAACCCCAGAGGACAGGAAGGAAGAUUCCUAAAUACAUGCCACCUCCUCUUCCAACUAACAAGAAGUGGUUUGGGACACCAAUUGAAGAGAUGAGAAGAAUGCCAAUGUGUGGGGCUCGUCUUCCUUACCUGCGACCCUCAGCCAAUCAUACAGUAACCGUUAGAGUAGAUCUUCUGAGGGAAGGAGAGGUGCCUAAACCCUUUCCAACUCAUUACAAAGAUUUGUGGGACAACAAACAUGUUAAAAUGCCCUGCUCAGAACAAAAUUUAUACCCUGUAGAGGAUGAGAAUGGAGACAGAACUGCUGGAAGUCGAUGGGAACUAAUCCAAACUGCCUUACUGAAUAAAUUUACUUGCUCACAUGAUUUGAAGGAGGCUAUACUGAGAUACAACAUUGCUUAUUCCAAGAAAUGGGACUUCACUGCUCUUACUGACUUCUGUGAAAAGGUUCUCGAAGAUGCAGAAGCUCAACAUCUGUUCCAGUCUAUUCUUCCUGAUAUGGUCAAGCUGGCUCUCUGUCUCCCUAACAUUUGCACACAGCCAAUACCUCUACUGAAACAAAAGAUGAAUCACUCCAUCACUAUGUCACAGGAACAGAUUGCUAGUUUUCUGGCCAAUGCUUUCUUCUGUACUUUUCCACGUCGCAAUGCGAAGAUGAAGUCUGAGUAUUCUAGUUAUCCAGACAUUAACUUCAACAGAUUGUUUGAAGGACGAUCACCAAGGAAGCCUGAGAAACUUAAGACCCUUUUCUGCUAUUUUAGGAGAGUUACAGAAAAAAAACCUACGGGAUUGGUGACCUUUACAAGGCAAUGUCUCCAGGAGUUUCCAGACUGGGAAAGAUCACAGAAAAAACUGUCCAGAUUGCAUGUCACCUAUGAAGGCACCAUUGAAAGCAGUGGACAAGGUAUGCUACAGGUUGAUUUUGCAAACCGUUUUGUUGGAGGUGGUGUGACCGGAGCAGGACUAGUACAAGAAGAAAUUAGAUUUUUAAUCAACCCAGAACUGAUUGUAUCGAGACUUAUCACUGAAGUCUUGGAUCACAAUGAAUGUCUUAUCAUCACAGGUACUGAGCAGUACAGUGAGUACACAGGCUAUGCAGAAACUUACCGGUGGGCAAGAAGCCAUGAAGAUAAAACCCCAAGGGAUGAAUGGCAGCGACGCUACACUGAAAUUGUUGCUAUAGAUGCAUUUCACUUCAGACGUUUUCUUGAUCAGUUUGGUCCAGAGAAAAUUAGAAGGGAGCUCAACAAGGCCUUCUGUGGCUUCUCUCGACCCAAUGUUCCACCUCAACAUCUCUCUGCAAUAGCCACAGGAAACUGGGGAUGUGGUGCCUUUGGAGGGGACUCCCGAUUAAAAGCCUUAAUACAGAUAAUGGCAGCUGCUGAGGCUGGGCGUGAUGUUGUUUACUUUACCUUUGGAGAUGUGGAGCUGAUGCGGGAUAUUUACAGCAUGCACACUUUUCUCUGUGAGAAGGGCCAAACUAUUGGGGACAUUUACAGGCUGUUACUGAGAUACUACAAUGAAGAAUGCAGAAGCUGUUCUACUUCAGGACCAGAUGUCAAGCUGUACUCUUUCAUAUACAACACCAUUGAGUCCUAUGCAGAUUCUACUGAUGAUGAUGAAGAAAAAGGGUUGUGCAUUGAGGAUUAAAAUAAAUGUAUUUGAUCAGAAUAUUGUUCAUCUCCUCCCACUGGUAUAUUAUGUGGAUUGCUGGGUAUCAUGUAUGAAUUGGCUUAACUUAAUAUAUAUUGACUGCAUUGGUAGUUAAUGUGUAAUGCCCAAAGAAAACCCACCCUGGAGAAGACAAGAUUUUUUUUGUUUGUUUGUUUUGAUGGUUUCAUACAUUAAAACCUUGUUCAUGUGUGUACAGAAAAAGAUUUCUUUGGUAAAUCUGGUUUGCAUUCUCUGUACUCCUUUGCCUUUAUUUUUCACAGGUCUUAUCUAGACUUCUCUUGCAAGCUUAGUGCUGAAGUACAGGCAGCCAUGUAACUCCAGGGGUUAUUUUGGAGAGAAGUGUUGGAAUGAUCAUACUGAAAAUUGACAUAAUUUGAUUACCUUCUUAAGACUGCCAGAGUAACUUCAUUGUUCUUACCAACUUUCUUAUUUAUUUGACUUUAAAUGUCCUGAUUUAAAUAUAUUAAAUGGUUAAAAUUGGAAAGAUUUUGGAGGAGCUAUAAUGCAUUCCACAGCUACAUUGUCUUUAUCAAGUCAGACACAGAAGUUAGCAUGAAGUAGAGAAAUAUCAAAAUGUGGGAGAAUACGAAACUGAGAAAUGUAACCAGAGUUAGGAGCAGAGGGAAAUAUUUUGACAUGAAACUCUCAAUAUCAUUUGAUUGGUGCUGUUACAAUACUGAACAAGGUAUUAGAGAUGUUAGUAUAAGGAAAGUUUCCCAAGGCUUACUGUUGUUGGCAAUAUCAUUUGAACUAAGGUCUGCUAGUUGUAUUUAUCUUGUCAUAUCCAUUCUUUAUUGUAGUAUGCAUAUAUGUGAGUAUAAGAUCCCCAUGGGAUAACAUAACUGAGGAAAUGGAUAUCACUUACAUAUCAGUGGGAGGAAAGUCUGCACAGUACAAUUAAGAGUAUGAGCUCUUACUAGGAGUUUGCACCUUUGCUUUUUCAGGUAUGUGAACAUUACCAAUGAAGACAGGGCAAAAGAUGUAUAAAACUGUGCUAUUACUAUCUCUGUGAAUACCAAAUUAGCAUUGUUGUUGUACAUUAAUAGUUUACCCAAAACUGCAGAUACAUCUGUGAUAGGAUUUUUCCAGGUACAGGGCCAAUCCAAUGAAAGAUUUGUCUGUUAGUAAUUUAAACACAGUUUAUUUUAAGCCUAAGUUGCUAAAUUUUGCGUCCCCUGUAUUAGAUUUUUCUGGUCUGUCAGGGUUGCUGUAACCAAUUUUAGCAAUGCAAGUGAAAACCACAGGAGGAAAUGCAGUGAGCUGUGCCUUUAGUAUCAACAAAUCCUUUUGGUUAGUGUCAGAUAAAACUUCACCAACCCUGAAACGCAAAACAGUAAUGAAAUGCUGUUGGCAGUCUGGCUUACAACAAAGCACUCACUGCUUGAGGUGCUGUGGUGGAAGCAAUAGCAAAGAGUUUGGGUCAUUUAUAAAACACCUAAAGAGUGCUGCACCUUUGCAUUAAUGUUAAGUGGGUAUUUUGGAAGCAUGGUGUUUGGAAGGUGAUAGAUGCAGCAGUUUUCUUCCCCUUCUUCCCACCAGCUGUAGUUUUCUCCACCCCUGUCAGUUAUAAGGAAAAGUUUUGGGCUGGAAUUUCAGGUGUUUUUCUGUGUUUGCAACUUGUAUCUUCAGAGUUAGUGGAAAUCUUUUCUCCUAGUCUGUCAGUGUUGGCUCACAGUCCGGCAAAAGGAGUAACUGUUUUCUGCUAAGCUCUUACUUGGCAUUUAGGUUCCGACUAUGAGAGUGCUUCUAGAUGCAUUGCUGCUACUGAUAAAUGUACCCUGUUAAUUAAGACAAGUGAUGGAAAAUUGGUGCUAUCUGCCAAAACUUCUUCAUCUUAUUACUCAGGAUUUCCUAUAGAAAAGGUGAAUUUGUUCCUAAACAACUGGAAGAAAUUAUAGCAAAAAGCUUUAGGUGGCUAGAUGUGACCUCCCCUUUAUUGUAAAUAAAAAUUUUAGUGCAAUACUUGUUUUCAUUGUGAGAGGAAGUGAUUGGUCAGGUAUGGAAAGUGUACCAAAAUAAUAUGGCAUGAAGUUGUUUCAGCUCUGGAAAGAGAAAAUAUGUUUAACUUUGGAAAGAGUUUCUGAACAUCAUAAUUUAAAGUAUCCAGUUAAGAGAGUGUUUGCAGUGUCCAGUGUUUCCAGGACAAUCCAAGUAAUUUUAUUCUGUCUGUAUUUUCACUGAUAUCUGAGAAUUUUCAGACAUGGGGAAGAAUGCUUUUUAUUUCAGAUUAGGAUAGGUUUACCCUACUUUUCCUGCCCUCCCCCCCAUGUUUGUAUGGACAGAAGAAAGGAAAAUAAUGACUCAUCUUCUGUUUAAUGUGUCAACUGAAUGAGUGAUAUAUCCUGCAUUCUGCUGUGUGUCACUGAACAUGUAAAGGACAAUGUUGGAAGAACACUUGGAAUAUGAAUUGAUUGUGGAAAGGCUGAAGAUUUUUUUUUCUCGGUUGUUUUGGGAAGGUGUUUAAGCAAUUUAUCUCCAAGCUAACAAUUUCAUAAUGGUGUUACAUUCCUGUGACUUCUUAAAUCAAUAAAAAACUAAACUGCCCAGAAUGCUGCAUGUGGAAACAGGAAUUUUGCAUCAGCCCAGUAUGUGCUCUGCAUCUUCUUUCUUUUUCCCUCCACUCACCAGUCUCCCAUUUAUAAACCACCUGAAAGGGUUUCUUUAACUGGAGAUGCCUGUUGGUGCUGUGUUUAAAGUAGCAUGGAAUGGAGAUGACAGUGAUCUCUUUGUGCAGCCUAGUAAGCUUCAGUUUCACUCUUCCAGAAACCUUUUUAUGAAGCCUUCAUUUUUUUUCUUCUAUUUUUCUUUCUAUGAAGCCUUCAUAUUUUU